GAGCCAAAAUGGCGGCAGUUUCAGGGUCCUGCAUUAAAAUCGAGCAGCGAGUGAAUGAAGUCAGCUGAUGUUUCUGCGCUAUCACGCAUUGUAGCACCCAUCGCUUCUCUCUCGAGGCAAGAAGGAAAACCACCAUCUCACAACCAGGCGUUAGACUAACAAACCAGUGAAGAUGGACAUGUCCAAGCUGCCUAAGAUCAGGGACGAGGAGAGAGAGAGCCAGUUUGGAUACGUUCAUGGUGUCUCCGGACCAGUGGUGACAGCCACAGCCAUGGCAGGAGCAGCCAUGUAUGAGCUUGUCCGUGUCGGCCACAGUGAACUGGUAGGAGAGAUUAUCAGGCUGGAGGGAGACAUGGCCACCAUCCAGGUCUAUGAGGAGACAUCUGGUGUGUCUGUUGGAGAUCCUGUGCUAAGAACAGGGAAACCUCUUUCUGUGGAGUUGGGUCCAGGAAUUAUGGGGUCCAUCUUUGACGGUAUCCAGCGGCCCCUCAAAGACAUCAAUGACCUCACACAAAGCAUCUACAUCCCCAGAGGUGUUAACAUUGGAGCCCUGAACCGAGACCUCAAGUGGGAGUUUUGUCCCAGCAAGAGCCUGCGGGCUGGCAGUCAUAUCACAGGAGGAGACAUCUACGGCAUGGUGUACGAGAACUCCCUCAUCAAGCACAAGAUCAUGCUGCCCCCCAAAAACAGAGGCACCGUGACUUACGUGGCUCCUCCUGGAACCUACGACAUCACCGAUGUCGUGAUGGAGCUCGAGUUCGAGGGAGUGAAGGAGAAGUUCACCAUGGUGCAAGUGUGGCCUGUCAGACAAGUGCGGCCUGUCACAGAGAAGUUACCUGCCAAUCACCCACUGCUGACUGGACAGAGAGUGCUGGACGCCCUUUUUCCAUGUGUACAGGGAGGAACCACAGCCAUCCCAGGAGCCUUUGGGUGUGGAAAGACUGUCAUCUCCCAGUCCCUGUCCAAGUACUCUAACAGUAAUGUCAUCAUCUACGUAGGCUGCGGGGAGCGUGGUAAUGAGAUGUCAGAAGUAUUGCGGGACUUCCCUGAGCUAACCAUGGAAGUUGAUGGGAAGACAGAGAGCAUCAUGAAGAGAACAGCACUGGUGGCCAACACCUCCAACAUGCCUGUAGCUGCUAGAGAAGCCUCCAUUUACACAGGAAUCACACUGUCUGAGUACUUCAGAGACAUGGGAUACAAUGUGAGCAUGAUGGCUGACUCCACCUCUCGCUGGGCUGAGGCUCUCAGGGAAAUUUCUGGCCGUCUGGCUGAGAUGCCUGCUGACAGCGGUUACCCUGCCUACCUCGGUGCUCGUCUCGCUUCCUUCUACGAGCGUGCCGGCAGGGUGAAAUGUCUGGGCAACCCUGAGAGGGAGGGCAGCGUCAGUAUUGUAGGAGCUGUAUCGCCUCCUGGUGGUGACUUCUCUGACCCUGUUACUUCAGCCACUCUUGGUAUUGUCCAGGUAUUCUGGGGUCUGGAUAAGAAGCUGGCUCAGCGGAAGCACUUCCCUUCUGUGAACUGGCUGAUCAGCUACAGUAAAUACACUCGUGCUCUAGAUGAAUAUUAUGACAAGCACUUCCCAGAGUUUGUGCCCCUGCGUACCAAGGCCAAGGAGAUCUUGCAGGAAGAGGAGGACCUGGCUGAGAUUGUGCAACUUGUUGGAAAGGCAUCACUGGCUGAAACAGAUAAAAUCACCCUGGAAGUAGCCAAACUGAUCAAAGAUGACUUCCUCCAGCAGAACGGUUACACUGCUUACGACAGGUUCUGUCCCUUCUAUAAGACAGUGGGCAUUCUUUCCAACAUGAUCUCUUUCUAUGACAUGGCACGGCACGCGGUGGAGUCCACAGCUCAGAGUGAUAACAAGAUCACGUGGGCCAUGAUCAGGGAGCACAUGGGAGAAAUCCUUUACAGGAUCACCUCAAUGAAAUUCAAGGACCCAGUGAAGGACGGUGAGGCCAAGAUCAAGGCUGAGUAUGCUCAGCUGUUGGAGGACAUGCAGAACGCCUUCCGUACGUUGGAAGAAUAGGCACCCACCACUCGCAGUCAUUCCAGUUUUCAUCUCUGCCCCCUCCACCGCAGACUCACAUUCCACCUUGUCGUACUCCCGAAACCCAUGUGCUCCUCUUUGAGUGUUUGUGCGUGAUGUGUGUGUAUGCAAUUUCAUGUGGAAGGAAAAGAGAAGGAUGUACUGUAUUAAUUUUUGUUGCCUCAAGUAGGUUUGCUCUGAAUCCUCUGCAUGGUCACUGAAUGUGAGUGUGUAUGAAAGAGGAAUCUCUUCACCCCAUUUCUUUUCUAUUUUGGUGUGUAGCUGUGCCGCUCUGCCUGAAGAGGAUUGUUUGGUUGAUAUAUUGUAAUUCAGACCAUCUGUACAGAAGAGUAUUGAAUAUAAAUUUAAUAAGAUCAGUCUAUUUAUUGUCGGCAUUUUGAUGUAAUGGCUUAGUUCUUUCUUUCUGUUUUUAUGGUUGUGUUUCACGUUGUGCAGUGUUGUGUACUUUGCUGUGUGAAUGUGUAAGAGUCGGAUUACAACACUAUGCUGUCCAACGCUUUUUGUCAUGUUACUCCCAAUGAAUUAAAAUGUGGAGAAAAA